GUAAACACGUAAGUCCUAACACCGUUUACAAAACUGUGAGUUUCACAGCUUCUUUCUUUCUGAGUAGACAAAUAAGUAAGCUCACUGCCAAGCAGCAGAGGAAAAAAAAAGAGGAAGAACCACCAGCCAAAACCUCUCAUCUGUCUUAUUUUAAGACAGUCGAAACUUUCCGACUUCAAGCAGGACAUCUACGUGUGGAUCUGGUUUUUGGGAUGUUUUCUAUUAACUCAACAACACCGCUGACCUACACAAGAAUGAAAGAAAAUAACGUCACUGAUUAUCAGAAUGACUCCUAUGAAUAUGAUUAUGGAGACUUAAUCACACACUGUCAUUUGGAGAAAUACGAUCAAAUCACAGGAGUAAGUUACAUUGCCAUCUGUUGCUUCAGCUUCCUCGGGAAUGGCAUGCUCCUCUAUGCUCUGGCCCGCUUCGAAGAUCUCAAAAGGGUCACCAUGCUUUUUCUACUCUUCUUGGCAUUUUUUGACCUGUUGUUCACACUGACGCUUCCUUUCUGGGCUGUUGAUCACCUGAAGGAAUGGAUCUUUGGAGAUAUUGCGUGUAAGAUCCUAACUGGGGCCUAUUUCGUUGGAAUAUAUGGAAGCCUCAUUCUACUGACGGCCAUGACAGUCGACUGCUUCUUUUUUAUCGUCGUGCGCAGCCAGUGGUUCACUCGCAGAAGAAGGCUCAACUGUGCAAGGGCAGCUUUUGCGGGGUCGUGGAUCAUCAGUGUAGGAGCCUGUCUGAAAGAAGCCCUGUCCUCUGAGGUUAAAAACGUGAAUUCUGUCCACAGCUGCGACACCGUUCCUUCUCCAGAUGACCAGGCGGGUUACUACACACAAUUUGUCAUGCUCUUCGCCAUUCCACUGGUAAUCAUCAUCCUGUGCUACGCCAAAAUCCUGCACACGCUCAUGUCGAGCUCGGGACAGAGAAGGUAUAAGACGUUGCUGGUCGUGUUGCUCAUAAUCAUGGCUUUCGUCGUAUGUUGGGGACCUUAUCAUAUUGUCAUAAUCCUGAUGCCGACUCAUCGUAACAACGAUUGCGCAAAGGAACGUCAACUCCAGCAAACUUUUGUUGCCUGCCGUAUCCUUGCCUAUUUCCACUGCUGUAUCAAUCCACUGUUGUUUCUGAUCAGAGGAAGGUCCAGAAAAAUCCUGUCCAGGCUUCUGUUCUGCCAGCCUCAACACAGGAGAUUUGAACCAUCAGACAGAUCUUCUGACCCGAGUCACUUCAACAUUCACCAACACUUCAGCAUGGCAAUUCCACAAAAUGUAACAGAGCUUAAAUCACUUUGAGAAGUGACAAUGAACUCAGUGGUGGUGACUCAAAACUGGUACAUUUCUCCUUUUUCUGUGAGUAAUUCCUAUUUUUUUAUGUGAAAAUAUUGUACAGAGUACUGUUUAUAUGGAAAUAUCUAACUUCAAAAUGAUAUCUUACUUUUUUUUUUAAUCUGGUUUGUUCCUACAUAAUAUUUUUCCUUCCCCCAGAGUGUUUUGCAUUAACAUUUUUAUAACUUGUAAGCUAUUUUUUGUGAUGACUGCACUCUUAUACAAAGAAUUUUUUGGAUGGUUAAUGAGUUUUCUUUCUAAAGGAACAAAUGAACAAACCCAAGAACUAUUCAGACUUCUGGAUUUACCCUUAUUUUCAUAGAGUGUACUUGUGUUUUACUUUUCUUUUGUUGAACUCAUUUUAUGUUUUAUUCUCUUUUUUUGUAACAUUAAUGUUUUAUUACUGUAAAUAACUUUAAGCUGUGUUUCUCAAAAAAUUCUAUGUACAUUCAGUUAGUCACAGGGAAUUUCUAAAACUAUUGCACAAACUAUGGCAAAAAUGAAAGUAUUUAGAGAGACACAUUGAGUGUAAUGUGUUUUAGUUUUAGUCAUCAGUUUUAGUUUUACUGAUCAUUUUUUUGUCUUUUGCAAAAGCAAUAAAUUCUUUGCACCAAAUUAUGGCAUGUUUUUGCAAAAUCAGACAGUUAAUAGAUUAUUAUUAUUACAUCUCAGGAUAGAUAAUGUAGAUUUUACAUUUUAAAUAAGUAAGAAAUAAAACACAACAAUGUGAACUGUUUGUAAGAAAAUACCACAGCAAUUUUACGUCAUACUUUUAUAAUUUUAUGAUUACAUUUAAUGUUAUGGAUCAUCAGUGAAACAAGUUAAUUCCUGUUAUCACUUACAUUAUGGCAGCCAAAAAGUGCAACUGCAAGCUCGUGAAGACUUUCCCUAGGUGCUAAACUUACUCAAUGUUGCACAGCCUUGACACUGUAGACUCCUUCCAAUAAUAUUCCAUAAACAGCUUCUUACAGAAAACUUCAUCACUUCAUCAUUCAAACAAUUGCACAUUUUUCUUUGUUAAAUAGUAGCUGUCUCACAUUAUGUGGAGAAUCUGCCACACAAGUCCCUGUGAAUUCGCUGUUACUAUAGAAACGCUAACAUAUUAAAAUGAGCACCUUAAUACACACCUUGCAGGCAGAACUACAAUCAGAGCUAUUGUUAUAUUGUUGUAAAUUAACCAAUAUCUUCGGACUAAUUGGAAUUGAGCACUCAAGAGUGCUGCGGUAUAAAUAUUUUUAUUUAAUUCAGUGAAUUCUUAAUUCAGGGAAUUCAACAAAAUAGUUUUUUGUUUUUUUUUUGGAAUUAUACUAGUUUGUAUAGUACUUUUCUGUUGUUUUUUGGAUUAUAGUAGAUAGUAGAGUAAAACAGGCUUAUCCUUCUCUCUGCAACAAUUUUUUUCAAUUUUGAGUUCUAUAAGUAUGUAGUAUUAUUUUUUAUGGUACACUGGUUAACAAAUACACAAUAAAGUGAUGAACUUUAUGAAGUGUUUGGUUUCAGCAAGAUGUCUGAUUAAAUUAGUUGGAGCUGGCAGCUCUGAUCAGCUGUCAACUCAUUAAAAAGCACUUUUCUUUCUUAUAGAUGUCUUAAGACUGCAGGUGUAGAUAUAUAUAUAUAUAAGAUUUUAGACUGUCUUUUACUGUGACUAUUCAUAUUCCUCUCAUAUUAAGCCAAUUAAAGCUGCCUCAGAAAGAAUUUUUUCAUCAACUUAACCAAAUCUCUUGUCAUAUCCUUGGACUCCUGAACUUUCAGAACAUAAUUUCUUGGAUGCUAUCUAAGAUAUGAUUUCUUAAUAAAUAUAAUUUCUUCAAACAGUGAAUGUCACACUUUGCUUACGUUGUUAGCUAGUUAUAUUCCAUAGCAAAAUAGACAUGAGUCUAAUCAAUUCAGUUUGUAAUCAGAUACUGACUGUCAAAAUGUCCCUGAUGCUUCUGCGCUGUAGUCGGAAUCUUUAAAUGCAAUUCUCUCCAUUUUGUUUUUGUUAGAACUCGUAGCUGAGAUAGUUGAGCGUACUUCAAUUCAUGAAAGGCUGCAGUUAAAAGUAGUAGUAUAAUACUGUAUAGUAGUAUAUAUAAUAUAGUAUAAUAUAUUUCAAAUAUAUAUAGACAUAUGUCAUCUAUAUUACUGCAUUUUAAUUAGAAAACAGGAACAUUUAGCUCUCAGAGCAAUACCUGACUUUAUAACAUAGAUGAAGCUGGUUUCCUUUUGGGGACAAUUUAAAGUCAGUUGAACCUCUUGAUACACUAAAAUGUUUUCUACCUCCUCAUUAUUUAUGUUUAUU